AGCCGCCGGAAGAGUAAUUUGCCCAACUGCAUACAGCCAGUUCCCGGUCGGGACCGAGUCCCUGCUCCGCCUCACAUCCUGUCGCAUGCCCCUCGGUGGAAAAUCAGAGCCCAGCAGUGCUCUUGAUGGCCUUGGGAAGGUGCCCCCACCUCGGUUCCGCCGUCUGACCACCGGCCUCACUCGGUGACAGUCUGCAGCUGCCUGUCAGUCAGACCAGGCCCCAGUCUGCAGUGUGGUUGUUCGCCCCCGUCAAGAAGAACCGCAGGAGACCGGGGGCUGCCGCCGCUGGAAGCACAGGCAGGCUGCUGGGCGAGGGAUGGGCCGGAUGCCACGGCCAGGGCCACGUGGGGAGAGGAGUCACGUGCCCGUGAGCAGCUAGGUGGCCACGCUGGGCCCCACAGCCUGGAGGCAGGAGUUGACGGGGUGGCCCUGUCACUCAUACACGCGCGUUCCUGCAGCCCUUCCAGCCACACUCAGCAUGGUGGUCCCUGCUCUCCCUCCUUAGCCUGUGCCUGGAGCCCGGCCCCAGGACGCUACCCGACUGGUCCUGCCUCCCUCCCUCCUUCCUCCUCUGCUCACACUUCCUGUCUUCCUCGUAAGCUGCCGCCUGUAACUCCAGCAUCUCGUGGGCGCCAGUUUGAGUUCCCGCUGUUCCACCUCUGCUCCAGCUCCCUGGGGAACUUCCGGUGGUUUUUUUUGUUGUUGUUGUUUUUUGUUUGUUUGUUUGUUUGUUUUUUGUUUUUUCCUUCCCAGGCACAUUUGCAGGGAAUUGGGUCAGAAGUGGAGCAGCCAGGACUGAAACUGGCUUAGGCCACAGUGCUGCUACACCAGUCCCAGUUCCAAGCCUCUGGCCGUUGCUUGAUCUUUCUGUGAGCAGCUCCCAGCUGGGAACCCACCAUGAGCUGCCUGAUUAGGACAAAAGCUGCUCCCAUCAGCCAGGAAUUCCUAAGGAUGUAGAAGCUGUGGGUCAAGAAUUGGGGUCAAAAACAAAAUAUUACAGCAAAAGACACCGGCUACAGCCCUGCUGGCUAUGGAGCUAUAAGGGUUUUGGGAGCUCGAUGGGCACCAAGGAGGAAGACCUGUUCAUUUCUUGUAGCUCUGAGGCUGAUCUAGAAUGUGAACUUAAAUUCCUAGGUGCUCCCCUAAGUGGAAGAGGAGAGCUGUGUGGGGGAACUCUUGUGAGAAGCAAUCAGAGCUGCUCCGUCCUCUUCCUGCCUUGUUCCCCUCGGGGCUCAGUCUGCCUGUCAGGUAAAAUGGGUGUGAUGGGCGGAGGUCCCCUGUUCAGUUCCCCCCCACAACCUGGGUGGACUUCCUUACAGAGGGUGUGCCUCCCUGCCAAGUGCCUGCACAGUUACCUGGCAAACCAGGCUUCCCCAGGAGCAAGGGAGAGACGGGCAGGAGCGUGUGUAGCUGGCAAAGGGCUGAGCUGGGUCAGGAGCCAUUACAGCGCAGCAGGCCAUUGUGUGCUGUAGAACCGGGCUCUGCAGGAAUGCGGCUGCCUGGCCCGCCGCAGGCAGCAGGUGGGCGUGGCUGAACUUUAAUGAGCUGCCAGUGGAAGGCGGCAGGAGGCUGGAAGGCCAGUCUGCCCAUUGAUUCUGCUUCCUGGGUCAGUGAUUGGCCAGCUUGGGCAGGCGUUAGAAUCACCUGCAGUGCUUGUGAAACCAGAGCCGACCCCACUCCCGAGGCUGAGUGGCAGACCUGAGAUGGAUGAGGCCUCGGAAGGGCGUCACAAAGUCCCAGACGCUGCUGUGGCUGCUGGUGGGGCUCAUGGACUGAUGUCCGAUCCUGCGGUACAGAGCGUGGCCCCCGCCUGGGAGCCUGCUAUACGUGAGGACUCCUUGGGGCAGGUGCUGGAUGCAGUGGUUAGGUAGGACUACUGACAUCCUGCAGCAGAGUGCCUGAUUCUGGCUUCCUGCUAGCGUGCCCACUGGGAGGCAGCAGAGAUGGCUCAAGUGCUGGAGUCCAUCCCUGCCACUCACGUGGGAGACCCAGAUGGAGUUCUAGGCUCCUGGCUUUGGCCUGGCCUGGCUCCCAGCUGUUGCAGGCAUUUGGGCAGUGAACCAGCAGAUGGAAGAUCUCUCUCUGCCUCCCAAAGUUUAAAAAAAAAAAUUAAAAGCAUAAACUUAAACCCCACCCCGGCCUGCUGCAUCAAGCCUGCAGUUUAACAAGAUCCGGGUGAUUGCUGAAAAGUUGGGGAGGCAAUGAGAUAAAGUACUCCUAGGCUCCUGGUGCAGCGAUUUGGAUUCAGAAGACGUGGGAGGACCCCAGAAGUUACUAGAAUCAAGCUGCCCCCUCCCCCUCCCUGUGAUCGUUCAUGGUCAGGCCAACAUGAGAAAGUCCUGCUCGCUUACCUCGGUUCUGGGCUCCUGAGACAAGACCAAGUCACAAAACCAGAGAAAAAAACACUCCAACUCCAGGAUCGUGACGAGGCAGCUGCUCCCCAGAAACAGGAACUCGGGGAAGGUGGCCUCGAUGGUGUGCGAUGCCGUCAGAGGAAAUGAGUGGUUGUGAGCUACAGAGGGUGCAGACAGAUGGGAGCCGGGCCUCCAGUCCUGCGCCGGGCUCCGUGACAGAGCCCUGAGUCCCCUCUCCUGGCCCAGCUGUGCCCGGGAAGGCUGCCCGGCUGAAUCCCGAAGCAGCACAGGGCUCCUGCCUGUCCCCGGUGGGCCACCUGCUGACCACAGGCAGAUGCUGAGCUGCCCAUUCCCUGAAGAUCUUCCCAGGCCCCGAGGGUGCGCGGUGUCCUAGGACCCAGGACGUGGGCAGCCUUCCUGAGGACCUUCCUGAGCCCAGAUCUGUCCAGCCGAAGCAUACGUCUCUGCUGAGCCCCUCGGAGCCUCUGAUGACGAGAGAGCGGUAAGUACGCGGGCAGGUGAGGAAGAGGGGGAGUGGGCUCUUCUCGCAGCUGGGAGACAAGCUCACGGAGAAGGGACAGGAGCUCUGCUGAGGCUGUUAAAGAUGACUCGGAAGGAACUUGGGUCUCCUGCCUGCUCCUUCUAGCCCCGUCUUGGUUCCUGCGAUGUGCUGUGUGACCCUAGGCCCCUCUCUGGGCCACAGUGAGCACGAGGGCUCUGGAUCCCUGGACCUCGUCCAGCUGCAGAGUCCACAGUUCUCCCAGAAGGGCGAGAUCUUCCUUCAGCUCAGCCCAGAUCACAAAAGCAAUGCGAAAGCCGGGGCCCCUGGUCCCAGCACUGCCCUCAGCACUCGCAGCGUGUGAGCACCGGGGCCUCCGCCCUGGGGUCUGAAACGGGGCCGGGGUGCAGGUCUCGGUGGCCUCUCGCUCGUUCUCUCCUUCCACCCACGGCCCGGGUCCCCUGGAAAGGGCCUAGCACAUGGUAGGCCUGCCCAGAUGCUCGUGUGCCUAGAGAUGAGCCAGUACCUCCAGCAGGCCUGCCCACAGCAGUGCCUGCUCCUGGCCCCGGGAGCUCCCUGGCUGUGAGUGGAGCAGGGGCAGGGGAGGGGAGCGGCAGGACCCAGGGCGGCUUCGGGUGGCCCUGGGCCCAUCCCCCUCUGCCUGCAGCGGGAAGUCUCUGGUUGGUUGCAUUGAGGGCUGUGGUCUUGCUGGAGGAGGGAAAGGAAGCUGAGCCUUACACCCUCUGAGCCGAGCCCCUCUCGUCACCCCGGCACCCUUCGCGUGGGUACGGCCAUCCCUGAGCCGCAGCUGCGAGGCGCACAGCUGAGCCUGGUUCCUCCCGGAGACGUGCCUCUGAGCGCCCUGCUGCGGAAUGAUGGGGAGUCUGCCCAGCAGAGGGAAAACCCUGCCAAGUCCAAGCUCAGACCCCUCUGCCCAAGGCCGAGACCCUGUGGCCCUGCAAGCAGGGAAGAGCAAGGCCGCAGCCGUGGCCCUGGGCAGCUUCCCGGCAGGCAGGCAGGCCGAGCUGUCGCUGCGACUGGGGGAGCCGCUGACCAUCGUCUCCGAGGACGGAGACUGGUGGACAGUGCUGUCAGAAGCCUCGGGCCGGGAGUACUGCAUCCCCAGCGUCCACGCGGCCAGAGUCUCCCACGGCUGGCUGUAUGAGGGCCUGAGCCGGGAGCAGGCUGAGGAGCUGCUGCUGCUGCCUGGGAACGCUGGCGGGGCCUUCCUCAUCCGGGAGAGCCAGACCAGGAGAGGCUGUUACUCCCUGUCAGUCCGGCUCAGUCGCCCUGCAUCCUGGGACCGGAUCAGACACUACAGGAUCCAGCACCUUGACAACGGCUGGCUGUACAUCUCGCCGCGCCUCACCUUCCCCUCGCUGCGGGCUCUGGUGGACCACUACUCAGAGCUGGCGGACGACAUCUGCUGCCGCCUCAAGGAGCCCUGUGCCCUGCAGAGCGCCGGCCCGCGCCCCGGCAGGGACAGGUCCCUCCCUGUGACUGUGCAAAGGGCGCCCCUCAACUGGGACCAGCUGGACAGCUCUGCCCUGUUUUCUGACGGGUCGGCUGCCACCGGCCAGGCGUCUCUCCUGAGCGAGGGGCUCCGGGAGUCCCUCAGCUCCUACAUGAGCCUGACGGACGGCUCCCUGGACGACGCCAAGGCCCACAGCAGAGGGCGCAAGGGGAACCCAGACUGCAGCACGUAGAAUUCGAACCCAGCUCAAGCAGACCGAGCCCCCAGAGAUGCUGUUGUACUGCGCUACGGACCACGCACAUACUGCCCGACUGACUUCAGAAGACUUGAAACGCCACUGAUAGUUUAAAAACUGUACAGCUGACGGGAGACCGAGGCAGACGACGAUGCUUCAUCCAGAUCCGGGGUGCGGCGGGCUGAACGGCGGCUCCACCCGGCAAACGGCUGUCUCAGACGUGUCCAGAAGGAAUGGGCGGGGACGGCCUCACUCACAAGUGCUUCCCGAAGGUGAAUGGUUCCUUAAAAAGUCUCAGGUCACAACCCUUGCAGAAGAGACA